AUUUCUUUUUGUUUGCUUUCUAGAAGUGUUGUCGAUGUGGCGAGGGCGUGGUAAGUGCUCUGAGCCCAUGUCGUCUCCUGGUCAUCGACGUAGAACUCACAAACAAGAAUUUGAAUGGUCAUCCAGUGGCCGUGCAUUCCAUGUGAGUAAUCGGAUCAUAGCAGCCUGCCAUCGGACGUCGUGUCAGGCAUCCCCGAAAUGUUUUCAGAUGCUCCAUGACAUAGCACCAGGAGUGUCUCGCAGCAUAAGGCUUCGGUUGAAAGCGGUACAGCGCAAAGAGUCAUAAGUACGCCGCUCUUGGCGUUACGUACAACCAAAUUUCCAGUUUUUCCCUCUCUGCCCGGUUCAACUCUCAAAAUGGUCCAUCUCCACAUCAUGCAGGGAGAGUGCAUCGCCCUCUUCAUCCAGAGUGUCAUCUAUGGCAUCGACACGGCGGUGUUCACUAUGUGUGUUCGCAUAAUGAUGCAAAAACUCCGCUAUCCUCGCGCUCCUAUCAGAAGGCUCUUCCUGCUGAUCGCUAUAAUCCUAUUUGUACUCGCAACUGUUGAUGUCAUGUUCAGUCUCUGUUUCGUCGCAAUAACGGAUACCUCCGCUCUUCCGGCUUGCCCCGAAGUGUGCGAUCACAGCGGAUACUUGGCUGGCUCUACAUUCUCAGGCAUUGUUCGAGAUUCCUCACAGCUAUGAUAUCCGAUGGCGUUCUGGUAUGACAAUGUUCUCCAGAUUUCUCGUCCUAUCUUCAUUUCUUCCUGCCUUCAUGGUAGAUAUACCGCUGUUGGAUCGUCUACGAUCGUGCAUGGACUGUUAUAACAGUAGCUGCUGCUCUGUGGUUCGCUAAAGUCCCCUGUGUCGUCCUCAGCAUCGUUUAUAUGUCCUCGACCAAGGACAUUGGUGAAGUGACUUCUUUGAAUGC